GUGGCAUGGAGGCGUUUAGAAACAGACGAGUUUCUGACCAUCGGCAAGAUGGUGUGGAGUAAAGAUCCGCGGAUCGUGCUGGAGCAUAAAGCACACAGGGCAGACAUCACCUCAUGGGACAUCUUGCUCAGGAACGCUAAGGACGAGGACGCUGGCUACUACGAGUGCCAAGUGACCUCCUCCGAGCAUUUGAUAUGGACUCUGCAGUUGAUAGUGCUAGAACCAGUGGUUACGUCGAAACCAAAACCCAGAGUUCACAAGCAAGUCACGUACUCUCCUUUAGUCACUGAAAAACUACACUACAAUGACGAGAGGUUUCUCACCCAGGCUGAGGAGUUUGUCACAGCUGGGUUGCCCAUACGACUAGCGUGCAACACUUCGCUAGGAAAUCGAACAAUUCCAAGAUCAAGGCUGGAGUGGUACAAGGACGGGGUCAACAUCCAGUCCAACAAACACAUUCUGCUGACCAGGUACCAGUUCGAGACUGACCGGAUGUACGUCAGUGAGCUGUUGAUCGACAACGCGCGCCUGUCAGAUUCGGGCCUCUAUCUGUGUCGAUUGAAGGAUCAUGAUCUCUUCGUCGCUAAAAUUUACGUGCUUCCAGACUCUAAGAUUAACGGGCCCAAACAAGAGAGGGACGAUCGCUCUAAAAUCUACGGGGUAGAUACUCUGCAGCAAGAGAACCACGCGAAUCGUCACGUCUGCUCAACGACCUCCCUCGUCGUCUGCUUCCUGUUCGCCAUACUCGCAGCACAGCAAGCUCUCCUGCAAGGAGCAAAUCACAACGAGAGACGCGGGUCUAUAGGACGUUCCUGGGAAGGAAUUUAACGCGCAUGAAUUUGUUAAUCAACUUUUGUAGAGAACGAGAUAUUGGAAUACGGAUUCUGUUACCAAGGUAACUACAGUCGAACAUGCUUUGGACGGCCACCCAUGGAGGAGGAGAAAAGCGAUUGUCGUACACAUUGGAUGUCUUACACAGUGCCAUUAUAAUGUUAGAAAAUCGCAAGAGGGUGGGGGGGGGUGACCGUUUGUACUGGUGAUUGUCUUACGUGGCCUUUAGAGCAGGCUCGACUGUAUCUUUUAAAAAAACAAACUGAUAAGACGUUUUAAUUGGUAGUUGAUUCAAUUUCCUUUUUCGUCAACACAACUGGUGAAAAGAAUAUGAUAUUUUAGAUGAGCUUAUUGUAUGGUUUAUAAAGAUAACAAUAUUAUGUAUUUGAAGGGACCUUCGUGAUUUUAACAUCAUGUCUACCAUGUCAGGGAUUGUUUUUGAUAUUUUGAAAUCUAGAACAGUUGAUUAGGGUCAAUCUUGGGUUGCACUUAGAUUUCGGUUUUGAAUUAAAAUCCUUUCCUGUGACGUUGCUUUCCACGACGGUUAAGAUUUUUUUUUAUUUUUUUUUUGGUGACCUUGUCUUAAAGGACGGAAGGUGGUACCGUAGGAGCACACUAACUGAUUCAACGAGGUUUUAAAAAAAAAUCUACCUUAUGAUUUUCAAAAUAUCUAUUUGAGAUGCACUGAUCC